AUUUAUCAAAUAUAUUUUGAAUUAAGAAAUCAUUAGGCAAUACUUUGGGCUUAAUUGUCACAUCCACCCAUUAAUGGGCCAGACCUCUUUCAUGCCCACCAAACCCAGUCCAACCAAAUUCAGCCCAACAUCAUGUCGUUUAUUUAAAGCCUAAAAUUCUCUCCAUUUCAUAUUUCGACUCCACCCUGUCUCUUCAUGCCACAAAAGGACCUGCGCAACUAAAUUUAUCCCAUUGAAAACGCCAAUAAAAAUUCCAAAUCCCAUCUCCAUUACCACCCUUUAGAACCUUGUAGCCAUUAACACAAAAAAAAAAAAAAAAAUCUCUCUUGCCCUUCUCUUUCGGGGUUGGGCAAGAGAUCAUAAGGAAUAAUAUCACAAUGGGAAUAUUGUAUGGCAUGGUGGCUAGAGGUCUUGUGGUCUUGGCAGAAUUUAGCAGCGUUGCACAAACAAAUGCAAACACCGUAGCAAGGCAGAUUCUUGAUAAAAUCCCUCGCGGAAAUGAAGAUAGUAAUUCGUCGUAUUCUCAUGAUCGUUACAUUUUUCACGUUAAAAAAACCGAUGACCUUACCGUUCUUUGCAUGGCUGAUGAUGCCACCGGACGGAGAAUCCCAUUUGAAUUUCUCGAGGAUAUUCAUCAAAGAUUUGUGAAGACUUACGGCCGUGCAAUUCACACAUCUGCUCCCUAUGCCAUGAAUGAAGAGUUUUCCAGGAUCAUGAGCCAACAGAUGGACCAUUUUUCAAAUGAUCCGAAUGCGGAUCGAUUGAACCGCUUACAGGGUGAAAUGAGUCAUGUAAGGAGUGUCAUGAUCGACAAUAUUGACAAAGUGUUGCAGAGGGGAGAUCGGCUGGCGCUGCUAGUUGAAAAAACUUCCACAUUGCAAGGAAAUACAAUUCGCUUUCGGCGACAGACUCAGCGUUUCAGAAAUACACAGUGGUGGAGAAAUUUCAAGCUCAAGGCUACAUUGAUACUAUUUCUCUUGAUUUUCAUUUAUACUGUACUCGCAUUGCUUUGUCGUGGUCCUUCACUUCAUUCCUGCUUGAAGUAAAAACGCACAAGAUC